AUGGAUGAUGCAAAUCGUUUGGAAAGUCUUGGAUAUAAACAAGAAUUAACUCGUAGUUUAAGUCGUUUAACAAAUUAUGGAAUGACUUUAUCAGUAGUUAGUAUAACAUCAGGUAUAACAUCUCUUUUUGCUUAUGGAUUGAAUACGGGUGGUCCUGUUGUUAUGGUUUGGGGAUGGAUCGUUGUUGCUCUAUUUACUAUAUGUGUGGGUCUUAGUAUGGCAGAAAUUUGUUCAGCUUAUCCAACUGCAGGUGGUCUUUAUUUUUGGGCUGCUCACCUCGUGCCUACUCAAUAUAAACCAUUGGUUAGUUGGUUUACUGGAUGGUUUAAUUUAAUGGGACAAUUUACCGCAGUAGCAUCUGUUGAUUUUGGUCUUGCAAUGCUUGUUGGUAGUGUUAUUUCAGUUGGUGUUGGUAAUUGGUCACCUCAACCAUGGCAUAUUGUUUUAAUUCAUUUAGGUCUUAUUAUUAGUCAUGGUAUAUGUAAUUCUCUUGGUCCUCGUGUUUUACUUUGGAUAACUUAUGUAUCUACUUGGUGGCAAUUAUUUGCACCCGUUAUUAUCGCUAUUGCUCUGUUAGCUGUGGGAAAAGGUGAACAUCAUACAGGAGGAUUUGUCUUUACAACUUUUGUGAAUCGAACAGGAUGGACAAGUUCAAUUUAUGUCGUUUUAAUUGGUCUUUUACAAGCUCAAUAUUGUUUAGCUGGUUAUGAUUCUGCUGCAUAUAUGUGUGAAGAAACAAAACGGGCUGAUAUUGCAGGUCCAUGGGGAAUGAUAAGUGCUCUUGUUGGAUCAGUUUUCCUGGGUUGGUUCUUUCUUAUUUCACUUAUAACAGGUGUACGUAAUUAUGAAUCAACAGUAAAAAGUGAAACAGGAUUUGCAGUAACACAAAUUUUAUUGGAUAAUUUUGGUCGAUCAUGGACACUUGUAUUAAUGUGUAUUUUAUUAAUAACUUGUUGGCUUUGUGGUCUUUUAACAGUAACAGCAACUUCGCGAAUGAUUUAUGGAUUUAGUCGAGAUAAUGCUUUACCAUGGAGUCAUGUUUGGCAAAAGAUUCAUCCUCGUCUUGCAUGUCCACUUAAUGGUGUUUGGCUGGCUUGUUUAAUUGGUUUUCUUUUCGGCCUUCCUUAUCUGGUUAAUUCAACAGCAUAUACUGCUAUAACUAGUUUCUGUACUAUCUGCAUUUAUGUUGCUUAUGGUCUACCAAUACUAUGUAAAAUACUCUCUCCUAUUGCAUUUUCUCAUGGUCCUUUUCAUCUCGGUCGAUGUUCAUCAUAUCUUAAUGUUAUUGCUCUUUUAUGGAUAUGUUUAAUCGUAGUUCUAUUUGUUCUACCUCCUGAACAUCCAGUGACAGCUACUAAUAUGAAUUAUUCUUCAGUUGGCUUCGGGACCAUAUUAUUAGUCUCUUCAUUUGUUUAUAUAUUCUCUGCUCGACAUUGGUUUAAAGGUCCUCGUACUAAUGUUACAACAGAUAAUGAAUUGAAAUCUUCGACAAAUUCUGAAACUUAA